ACCUCUGAUACACGUCUCUACCCUCGCACGUCAAGAGAUAAGGCGACCUUAUAAGAAAAUCCCAAGCAUAGAAGGCGACUUGGCUUGAUCCACGGGCCACCACCAUUGCAAGCCUCCAUCUUCCCAUCUCUAGAUAACCCGCAUUUGCCGCAUGACAACGCGUGCUUGGAAAUCACACGACGCCCAACAAAAGCCACGGCACCGCACAUUGCAUACGGCACAUCGAUGGGGCAGUUUCUGCCCCAGAUAUUUCUCCAGAUAAGUGCUGAGGCCAAGCGAGCCUAAUGGCAAGCUUAUUUGGCGCGUGGCGGCCAGGCUGAGUCCAGACCGUUCGAAGUGAGCGUGCAUACGACAUGCACAUCAACACUCGUCAAUUGGACCGAUGCCAUAUCUCCCUCGGCGUGAGAUUUUCUAGAAGUCUGCACCGCAUCCGCUCCGCGGGAGACAAGACCGCAGAGUUGCUCAUGUGCCCAGGUGUACGCUGCAGGACCCGCACCUGGCUCCGAAGCUAGAACUUGGCCUCUGAAGUAUCUGCGACAGCGAGCUCCUCAGUCCUGGACGACUGUCGGCGCCCUACGUAAUUUGUAAGGCGUCCACGGAAAGAUCCUUGAGAAGGUGCUCAUUUUGUUCCCGCUCAUGGAGCUCGUAGCUGCGACGGUCCAAAGGCAUUUCAUGAGCAAAGCAGGACCGAGGAUGGGUGACAUUCUUUGGUCUCGGUGCCUCUCGUCGGAAGAUAUCUGUAUCUGGCAGAUCAGUCCGGCACGAGCUGCCCAGUCGCUGCUUUACUGCAAGCCACCGGGAUUUGCCAAGGUCUAGGCAUUCAAGCUCCCUCGGACAUGGCUGUGGAAGUGAGCGGACUGGCCGGCGUAAAGACUGAAAGUGGAUUCUGAAGCUUCAAGGCGGUAUCGAUAGGGAUUUCUGCUCAUCGUGUGUCGUCUAGCGAAGUCUGCUGGUCGGAAACCUUCAUCAUCUACCAGAGCGGACGGGAAUUGGGUGACAAGUGGCCUGUAAUCAGCUGACAUGUUGUGUCGGCUUCCACUCCGCGACAGUCGAAGCUCCCGAUAGUACUGCCUUCGCCGGAUGCAGGGAAAAAAUGAUGCCCGACCAGAUCUCGUGUCGUGUCCGGAUUUCCACAGGGAAUGUUCAAUCGCACUUGAAAAUUGGUGAACGGAGGCAGACGCUGUUGAGCGAUACAUCCUUUAACGUGGAGGCGGCAGAGACGAAGUAAAUAUGCUGGGAACAACGAUCACUAAUAUAAUAGAACUAUCUGUGAUGAUCUACCAGGCGCGUUGUGCCGUGAUCCGAGAGCUUGUCGGAUCUCUGGGCAUGACUGGGCUGAUCUGCAGGUGAAACAGAAAAGCUGCCCACGCCGUGUCGCCAUUGCGCUCAACCUCUCAGCUGCAAGUGCUCGUGCAUAUCAGAUCGAGCGUUGCAAGAAGUGCGCAAGCACGUAACAAGCCACCGGCAUGUCUCUCCGGACCUGUAGCAAGCGUAUGGCUGCGGUUCUCGGACAGCAGCGAUUUGUCGCGCAGAGCAGUGCGCGACGAUGUUAUGCCACCGCCACUGCAGCAUCAACAUUGCCAGCAGGCCAGAAACAUGCCAUUGAGAAGGAAGCCUCGCUGCGCUCGCCAGAUCCUCCAGCCGACUCACAGACCGCCCGUCUUAUCGAAUCUCAAAGCCCGUUCAUGGUUCCUACAUACGUUCGUCCCGCCGUGGUAUUCCAGAAAGGAGAAGGGUGCUACUUAUACGACAUCGAGAACAGACAAUACCUCGACUUCACAGCGGGUAUUGCGGUGAAUGCGCUAGGGCAUUGUGACCCUCAAAUGAGCAAGAUACUGUAUGAACAAUCUCAGACAUUGGUGCACAGCUCAAACCUUUACUACAAUCCAUGGAUAGGAGCACUGAGUCAGCUUCUUGUCGAAAAAACUCGUGAGGCUGGUGCUUUUGAGGCUGCCCGGGCCUUCGUCUGCAAUUCUGGCAGCGAGGCUAAUGAAGCAGCUAUCAAAUUUGCCAGGAAGUAUGGUAAGAGCAUACGCCCGGAUGGAAGCAAACAUGAGUUGGUCAGUUUCCAAGGCUCCUUCCAUGGUCGCACAAUGGGAUCUUUGAGCGCAACACCCAAUCCCAAAUACCAAAAGCCCUUCUCGCCCAUGAUUCCAGGAUUCAAGUACGGCACAUAUAAUGACAUUGCCGGGCUCCACGAUCUAGUCAAUGAGAACACUUGCGGUGUGAUCAUUGAGCCUAUUCAAGGCGAGGGCGGAGUGAAUGUGGCAACACAAGAGUUCUUACUUGCACUUCGAAAACGAUGCAACGAGGUUGGAGCGGUGUUGAUACAUGACGAGAUUCAGUGUGGUUUGAGCCGUACUGGACAAUUUUGGGCUCAUGCCGCUCUACCUAAGGAAGCUCACCCGGACAUUGUCACGACUGCGAAAGCUCUGGGGAAUGGAUUUCCGAUUGGGGCGACCCUGGUAACCGAAGCCGUCUCCAGCGAAAUUGUUACUGGGGAUCACGGAACUACUUUUGGAGGCAAUCCACUUGGAUGUCGCCUGGCGCAUCAUAUCGUUUCCAGACUCGCAGACCCCGAGCUGCAAAAAGAUGUCGUCAAGAAAGAAGCUAGGUUCCGAGAGCAUUUCGUCCGCAUACAUGAGGCAUUCCCCGAUGUUGUGACCGAAGUCCGAGGCCGAGGCCUGAUCUUAGGCCUUCAAUUGUCUCAAGACCCAACUCCAGUCAUUACGGCGGCGCGUGAGCGUGGACUGCUGGUAAUCACUUGUGGGACCAACACCCUGCGUUUUGUGCCGCCUCUUGUUAUCUCGGACGCCGAGAUUGAUGAAGGCAUGAACAUUCUGCAAGAUGCGAUGCAUGCAGUCGUCCGUCAGCCUGGUCACAUCGAAGGCACAGAUGGCCAGCAAGAGAUGCGAGCGACGCAAUAGCGCUGAAUGCAGCCGUCUGUUCUUCUCCCCUUGCAAACAAAAUUCGCAGGAGGACUCACUUGGCUCCCCGAAUCUUUGUUGCCCUGUCUGCAAAGCUGGCUUCGAGCUGGUUCACCUUUACGGAUACUUGCCAAGUCCGAACGACACCACGUCGCAGGCACAGAAACGAGCUGUACUCUCGAUCGCCAUCGGCAGCGAUAGUGUCAAUGCCCUCAUCUACCAGGCCAACAAAGGACGCUUCAAGGCAGAGCUGACGAAAUGGCCGCGCCUCUUGCUCGGCUGAGCUCUUGGCCUUGCAGAGGCGGAUCAUAAAGUAUAGGCAUAGAUAUAGACGGGCGACACGCUGCGCUGCGCUGCUGAAAUUCACCACUGGUGAGGCGCUAUGCAAUUGAAAAGCGAAUUGUUGAGGUCUGCUCGUUCAGUUGUUGCAUGCAUGUGAUCUUCAUCUUCAACUGGUCGCGCAACGUUGCCCUUGGCGGUGACGAGGCGCCAAGAUUGUGCCAAUUGGCGGCGCUGGUGUCUUGGCGUCUUGGCGUCUCCGCCGAACAGAAUUUCUCCUGGAGCACCACACGCCCCCCAGGCAUACGGAGCAGAAUCGUUGAUCUGCUAAUCGGAUGUUGUGGGUGUCACGCCGCGAAGAUUAGCGCCAACGAUUGAGGAAAUCGAGCACACGACAAGAUUCUCAGCUCAGCCACACUCGGUGCUGACAACGUCAACGUCGCAC